CAGUUUACCUUCACGCAUCUGAUAACGAAAAAUGACAAGUGGACAAUUUUUGAAUGUUUUCUUUCAUAUUGGAAUUGUAAUAUAUAGUGAAGGAAUAACUCUUUAUGAACCAACAUUCAUCAGUGAAUGGAAAACCGUGAAGGCACAAGAUGACAAAAAGUGUGAAUUAUACAUCUCUUUCCCGGACAAAGAAUUUCCCACAAGGACCACCCCUGUAAAAGUAAUAGUCGAAGUGAAAGUGGAAGAUGGCGGGGAAUCCUUCAUCUUUAACGCCUUCGGUUCCUCUCCUCGCGAUGACGAUUCACAGGAGAAAUAUGGCGGGGUUGUUUAUUUCUACAAUGCCACUGGUGUUCUUAUUUUCUUGACAAAUGAGUUUGAAAGAGAUCCUAACGAUGAAAAGAACGGUGAUGGCAAAGCUGUCUAUUUGGGUGAAGAAGAAUUUUGGUAUAAACCAACCUCUCACUUAGGCAAUGAAAUCAAAAAAGAAGUUGAUGAUGCAAAUGUUCGAGUGAAGAUGUGGCGACAGGACGAUUUACCUCCACAGUUCGAUUCGGGUUUUAUAUACACGAUGAAAUCAAGACAACAAACUGGAGUCCAAGAUAAUACUUACUUGGAGGUGCCGAUCAAUUUGACCUCUAGUCCUGAUAUGGUUGUAGUACAAGCUGCACCAGAACAAAAGUUUGAUGAAAUGCCAGGACUUAUAUCGGAAGGAAGUGGACUUCCGGGAUGUCUUCGUUGUGGCGAUGAAACUGGUGGACUGUCAUUUGCAUACAACGAUUCUCAUGUUCGACUGUGGGUUAAAUUGAACUAUCCGAUAACCAGUGCAGCAGAUGGAUGGGGAGACAAAGAUUAUCCAACUCCAAAUCGGUUAAUGUCCUAUGAAGUGAAAGUCAGGAUUCUUGCCUGGACUUUCGACAAUGCAGUGAACGCUUGUCAGUGGAAAGAAACAUCAACAACAGACAUAAGCGAUUCUGUCCAAACAACUCCGAAGAUGGUAUUCCCGCGCGAAGUAGUAAUUGAAGCCUCCCUUGUAAUGGCAUCGAUUCGUCCCGUGGAUGGUCCAAACAGAGGUUUUUCAUUUUACGGCACUGGUUCGAUAGUGAAUUCCGGGAAUUAUGACGGAACUGGUAGAUACACGGGUCUGGUGUUUGGUUACAACACUUUUGGGGUGUACGUCUGGAGGGUCAAACCUUCCCCAAGGGCCUUUGUAUUUGAUAUUGAUAGUCCUUGGGGAAGUGGAAACAAUAAUCAACGCACAAAUGACGUCAUAAUUGACAUCAUCGCCCUCGGAAUGAUGUCAAGAGGGACAUGCAACGAUACGGAUUUAACAAUUCCCAAAGGUACAGUCAACGAAGCCAGGGUAAGGCCGUGUAGGGGAGGUAAAGUAACCUGUGAUUAUGGGUUCCAUUACCUUAACAGCAGUUUCCAGGCGGCACAUUGUCAACUGAAUGCAGUCUGGAAUACAAAUAUACCAGAAUGCAUCGAAACGUUUUGUCCCAAUGAGGACACUCCCGACAAUAGCACUGUUGUAUCAGUAAAGUAUACGGUGGAUGGAGAACUUGUACAUGCUUGUGACCCCGGAUUUUAUCUCUUGGCUGGAAAUCUAAGUAGAUUCUGUUUACCAAAUGGGACAUGGAGUGGAGAUCCGCCUGUAUGUGAAGAGAUUCUAUGUCCUGCGUUAACGGAUCCGACAGAUGGCACUGUUGUUUUAAUUUCUGGUAGAUCCAUCAACGACGAGGCUGUUUAUAACUGCAAUCCAGGCUUUGAAAUAACUGGCGGUAAUCUCACUCGAACCUGUUUAGACACUGGAAUAUGGAACGGUAUUGCUGCCGUAUGUACAGAGGUAUUUUGCCCUAUUCUUCCUAAUCCGAGUUUUGGCACUGUUACUGUAACGAAUCCUAUGAGCCCAGAUGUCGCUGCGUUGACACAAGUAACUGUGAACGCAUCAGCUACUUUUUCUUGUACACCUGGCUUCACUUUAUCUGAAGUUGUGGUACUAACUUGUCUUAUCACCGGAAGUUGGAAUGGAACCUCUCCAGACUGUUCCCCAAUAGUCUGCCCAGACACGGUUACUCCUCCUAAUAUCACGUUGCUGGCGAUGAACCGGGAAGUAAAUGGAACCUUACAAUACAGCUGUUUACCAGGUUUCUAUAAUUCGGCGGGAAAUCUGAGCAGAACGUGUAUGUUGGAUGGUCAAUGGAGCGGGGAUCCCCCAGUAUGUUCAGAGAUUCUAUGUCCUGCGUUAACGGAUCCGACAGAUGGCACUGUUGUUUUAAGUUCCGGUAGAUCCGUCAACGACGAAGCUGUUUAUAACUGCAAUUCAGGCUUUGAAAUAACUGACGGUAAUCUCACUCGAACCUGUUUGGACACUGGAAUAUGGAACGGUAUUGCUGCCGUAUGUACAGAGGUAUUUUGCCCUAUUCUUCCUAAUCCGAGUCAUGGCACUGUUACUGUAACGCAUCCUAUGAGCCCAGAUGUCGCUGCGUCGACACAAGUACCUGUAAACGCAUCAGCAACCUUUUCUUGUACACCUGGCUUCGUUUUAUCUGAAGUUGUGGUACUAACUUGUCUUGUCACCGGAAGUUGGAAUGGAACCUCUCCAGACUGUUUCCCAAUAUUGUGUCCAGAAACGGUUACUCCCCCUAAUGCCACAUUGAUGGGGCUGAACACGGAAGUUAAUGGAACCGUACAAUACAGCUGUUUACCAGGUUUCUAUAAUUCCGCGGGAAAUCUGAGCAGAACGUGUAUGUUGGAUGGUCAAUGGAGCGGGGAUCCUCCAGUUUGUUCAGAAAUUCUCUGUCCGUCAUUGACCCCUCCUCCAAACGGAGGCCUCAUCCAGGACACCUCUAUAGGCGGUACAGCUAAAUACAGCUGUAACCCCGGGUUUCAGUUUGCUGGUGGAAACUCAUAUCUGACGUGUCAGGACGACGGAACGUGGUCUGGAGACCCUAUACUUUGUAUUGAAAUAUUAUGUCCAGCUAUAAAAAAUCCAGAAAAUGGAAAAGUUACAUUGUUGAAGAACAUCUCCAUGACAAAUACCUGGGUAUCUGGUGUUCCGGUUAACACUAGCGCCUCUUUCUCCUGUAACCCUGGAUACUAUAUAGCGGCGUCUGAGUCUAUCUUCGAACGCACCUGUCUCAUAAAUGGAAGCUGGGAUGGGGCACCAUUCAGUUGCUCAGAAAUCCUAUGUCCAGAACUGGUUGAGGAACCGAAUACCACAAUUACACACAUGGAUCGAUCAAUAAACGGAACAGUGAACUAUAAAUGCAACAAAGGGUAUAUUCUGGCAAACGGAAGUCUUCAGCGAAAAUGCAUGUCUUCUGGAAAAUGGGAUGGAAGACCUCCAAAUUGUACAGCUUUAGGAGAGUGCAUGUGUCCGUGUUCUAUGGUACACGAGCCAAAAUAUACAGACGUUAAUGACAAAGCAUUAAUCAGAGCGAUCGAGGAGAUGCAAGAAGAACUUGUUGUUCUAGAAACUUCGGCUGCUCUGAGAAAAAAGAUAUCGGUAAAAGACUUUCGACCUUCUACCAAUGCCUCUGGAACUGUUUGGGUGGUAUUUCUGUUAACGAUGGCUGCUUUCAUAGUUGUUCCUGACAUGUUAUCCGCUUUUAGGCAUGAGGAUAACGAAUGA